AUGAGGUUCGGUAAGAUAGGAAAAUUAAGUCCUCGGUAUAUAGGAACCUUUAAGAUCUUAGAAAAGGUUGGAGCUGUGGCGUAUCAUUUGGCGCUACCACCAGACCUUUCGAAUAUUCACACCGUAUUCCAUGUGUCAAUGCUUAGAAAAUAUAACCCCGAUCCAUCUCAUGUAAUACGAUAUAAAACCAUCCAGUUGCAAGAUGAUCUAACCUAUGAGGAACAACUAGUGGCUAUCCUUGAUAAGCAAGUCAAAAAGCUCCGUUCGAAGGAUGUAGCCUCAGUGAAAGUGUUAUGCCAAAACCACACCAAUGAAGAGGUAACGUGGGAAGCCGAUGAGGAAAUGCGGACCAAAUAUCCACACUUCUUUGAUGCUUAG